AUGUCAUCAUAUGUUUCAUCUACUGCCCCUGCUUCUGACAAACCUUAUGGCAUUACCAAUAUCAAAGCCUACAUCCCUCCUCCGGAUGAUAAAAUUGUUGUUGCUGACAAGAAAGAGUGGGAACGUGUAGAUGCUCUUGUUAAAAUGUGGAUCUUUGGUACAAUCACUCAAAGCUUAACACAAUCUGUUCACAAGAAGAAUCAGAAUGUAUUUGGUUUGUGGGACUCCUUAGAAAACUUGUUUCGUGACAAUAAAGAUGCAAGAGCAAUUGCGGUUCCUGAAAAGAAUCUAGUCAACUAUACCAUUAAUGGUCUUAACCCAUGUUUUGAUCAUAUAGCUAGCAUUCUUCGUCAUCGCACUCCAUUCCCUUCAUUGCCGGAAACUCGAUCCAUCCUAGCUCUUGAAGAACAUACCAUGAAUCAGCUUCAAAACAGGUCAGUCACAAGUACACAUCAUGAUAACUCAUCAUUUCCUACUAUCUUGAAUGUUGAACAUACAUAUAAUAAUUACAAUUCUCUUGAUUUUCGUGGCAAUAACAAGUCCCGAGGUGGACGUUAUGGGGCUCGAAACAACCGUGGUGGUAGAAAUAAUCGUGGUGGUGGUCGUGGAAAUCAAUACAACAACAUAAAUUCGCAAGCAACCCCUUUUGGUUGGGGUUUCGGCUGGACUACCGCACCAAACAAACACUGUUUAUAUGUGACAACACGGGUGGACUAUAUCCCGUCACCACCACCUCUCCACAAGCAUUCCACACCAUUGCUCCAUCAAUAUGGCACCAACGUUUGGGUCACCCGGGUCAACAUGUUUUUCAACAUUUAG